GAUAUUCUCGUCAUUGUAAAGGUUAGGACGCGUCAGUGGUCGUUUAGUUUGCUCAUUCAAUUCGUUUAUAUUUUAUUAGUGUGUUUCGCUUUUGCUGAAUGAUCGUCUUGUUGAUUACUGUGGAUAUUAAUUGUUAAUAAAAAUUGAGUAUUUGAAAAUUAAUGAUAUAUUUAAACUAUGACAAACAUAAUAUCAAAAUAACCUAGAAAAUUCAAUUGUAAUAGUUAAAUUUCAAAUACUACAUGUAUGUAUAUACAAUAUUAUUAUCCAAUUAUUUGCAAAGCAGUUAAUCUGUGUCCUUGAACAUCGUUUUUGUUUAAAUGUUAGGCAAAAUUCAAGUGUUGUAUAUGAUUAACAGUUCUAAAGUUCGAGAAGAACUUGUCAUACAAAAUAUUUUUAUAUAAAAUUAGAAAGUUACUUUCUUUUCAUGGGGUUGUGAAUUAUUUUUUUUACGUGACAAUAAAACAGUAAUAACACGUAUGUUUUCCCCAAUUUUGUGCAGUAUUCAACCUAUUAUUAAUCGGUCAAUGACUAUAUUAGGUGUGAAAAAAAUAUUAUUACAACCUACUGUUCAAAAUAUUAUAAAUGUUUAUGACAUGAGCAAUAUAAAUAACUCUACAAGUAAUGACGAAGUUCAUAUGACAACUCCUGAACUCAUUUUCAGUCAUGGAUAUCAAGCUGAAACACAUCAUAUUUGGACUAGAGACGACUAUCGGUUAGAAGUACAUAGAGUAUUACCGGCACAACACGAGAAAACAAAAUCUGAUGAUGAAAAAAAUAAGGAUGUAAAUAAUGAUACAGAUAAACAAGAAUUUGUGCCGACAACUAAUCAAAGUAAUAGCUCAAUUCCUAAUAGUACUCAAGAAUCUCUAGAUAUUAAUCAAAGUAAAAAAAAAAUUACGAACAGACCGACUGUGCUCAUUCAUCAUGGGCUACUUUCUAGUUCGGCUGAUUGGGUACUUCUCGGACCUAAACGAGCUCUUGCCUACGUGCUUUGUGACGAAGGUUACGAUGUCUGGCUCGCAAAUGCAAGAGGAAAUAGAUAUUCCAGGUGUCAUAAGAAAUACACAACGAAAGAUAAAGAAUUUUGGGAUUUUAGUUGGCAUGAAAUUGGAAUUUAUGAUUUGCCAGCAAUAAUUGAUUAUAUCACGGAAAAAACUGGAAAUAUGAGCAUGUCUUAUAUUGGAUACAGUCAAGGAACAACUGCAAUGUUUGUGAUGGGAAGUGAAUGUCCAGAAUAUAUGAAAAGAAUUAAAGGAGUAAUAUGUAUGGCACCUAUAGCAUUUUUGUCAAAUCAUCGGAGUCCACUUCUCAAAUUAGUCGUACCUUUCAACAUUGUGAUGAAAUGGGCUUCAUCUUAUUGUAAUAUAAAUCAAUGGUUUCCAAGAAAUAAACUUCAAGUUUUAGCAUUUGCAACAUUAAUGCGGAAAGCACCAGAAAAAUUUGCAAAAAUAUUGGGCAGCUAUUGGUUUUAUUUUAUAGCUGGAUUUGGUAGUGAUCAAUUAGAUAAAUCAAUACUGCCAAUUGUGUUUGGACACUUUCCAGCUGGUGCUUCUGCAAAACAAAUUAUACAUUACAGCCAAACAAUUAAAUCUGGAUUAUUUCGGCAGUUUGAUUAUGGAACAGAAACAAAUCUAAAAAAAUAUGGAACCCCAGAGCCUCCGAAAUAUGAUUUGACAAAAGUAACGGUUCCCGUUGGAAUAUUUUAUAGUGAUAAUGACUUUUUGAAUCAUCCUUCGGAUGUGGAAAGACUUGCUAAUGCAUUACCAAAUGUUGUAAUGAAAACCCGAAUAAAUUAUAAUAAGUUUAACCACGUCGAUUAUCUUUGGGGUCGAGAUGCAAAAACACUCGUAUACAAUGAUAUUAUUAAAGUGUUAAAAAGUUUCUAGUCUCGUUGUUUUUUUUCUAUUUUAAUUUUCGUAGAAUUGUUUUUAUGUUAUUAUGCCAGAUUUUUUUUUUUAUUAUUUUUAACAAAGUAUUAUAAAAAUUUUUUUCAGA